UAGGUUAUAAGUCAACUUCAAUAUGAACAGCACAGUUCAGUAUAACAAUAGUAGUGUAUUAUCGGCAACGACUGCACAACUAAAAACAGAACGAGCGUUGGUGUUAACAAUAACAAGUAUAGUAUCUGUAUUGAUCAUCCUGGUUGUGAUUGUAUUUGGAAUAAGGCAAUAUUUCAAACGCAAAAAAAUACGUCGGAAUUAUCAGAAUUAUUUGAAUGACAAAGAAACAGUGAACUUUCUGUUUGAAUCGGGUUCUCUCUUAGAGUUAGAUAAAAAAGCUGUAUCAAAAGAUGAAGACUUAGGCUACAUCAGUGAAUCAUCAAGCCUUUUGUCGUCAGGCAGCAAUAACCUGGUGUUAAAGAACGAUUUAUUAUCGUUUUCACUGCAUAAAAAAGGAAAAAGGAAAAAGCCCAACAUACCUAUUCGUACAUCUUCACUGCGUGAUAGAACAAUUAAUGGAGGGCACAAUCUGGUGAAAAAGGAAAGAAUUGUAUCAGAAAUUGCACCACGAAUAUUAAAAGUUAAACCUCUUCUUGCUUCAGACAAACGUGAAAAAGAGGAUGAUGUAGAAAACCGUUUGGAUUGGAAUAAAGUGUUCACAUUUCUCGUCAAUAUUAUAGAACCCGCAACAUGGAAGCUUUUUUUCAUAGAGCUGUUCGAUAAUGGACGGCAUUUACUUGUUUGUGGAAAGACGUCUAAUACAAUUAUUGAGCAUGUUGAGCUGACACAUAAAGGAGCAAUGUCAGGAUUAUUUUUUGAUUUGUUCCAAGAAUGGAUUAAACUCAUGGGUACCGAAGCAAGUCCUAAACAAAUUGAAAAAGCGCUCGAAGGACGAGGGGAUAAUCAUGCAUUGUCAAAAUUUAAGUAUUUCAUGAGAACACCACCUUUGAUACAUGAGCAUUGUAAACUGGCAGGAUCUGAUCAUCACAUGAAAGAAAAUCUUCAGUCGCCUAUAAACAAUAUUGAAAGGCUAGAUAUAUUAGGAUUUCGCGAAGAUGCCACUUUUAGAAAUCGCCAGAUUCAAUGUAUGGCUUUAAGAAAUGGCAGCCAUACUCAGGGUGCUAACAACUUGUUUGAAUCUUAUAUGUUUGGACAGAGUUUGAAUUUUCACUCAAUGAGAGAAGAAAGGUACAGAUUUGCUGCUGAUACGGAGAAACGAACUCGCUAUGAAAUUUUGUUAACGUACCCGAGUCAACUUAUGAUGAUGAAAGUGAUGAACCUCCAUAUAAAAUUAGAAAGUAUUGUGUGGAUUCUAAUUCAAUGUCUUUAA